AUGGCCGACCUUUUUUUUCUUCGACACGGCCCCAGGGCUGAUUUUGCCGCCACAAAUGAUCCUCCCAUUUACCCUGAUUAUAGGGUUUACGACCCGCUGGUGACCAUUUCAACGGUGGGCAUGAUGAAUGACGUUGCUAAGCAGAUUCUUCUGUUAGUGGAUCUUGAAAAGUCUCCGAAAAAGACCAUUUACAUCCAUUACAGUCCGUAUUUAAGGUGCUGUCAAACAGCUGAUAUCUUGACCACGGCAUUGCAGAAUGCUAUAGCGAAAGUGUCUGGCUUGAAGGUGAAAAUUCAAUUGCUCGGCGAUUUUGCGCUUUCUGAAUGGAUCCACGACAAAAUGAAGAAUAAGCCUCCGUUUUCUGACUCCACGGAGGCUUACCAGAUGUACACCCCGAAUGUUCGACUACUACAAAACAAAAAAUUGUGCCUGAAUUUCCGGCCCACCACACAACUUGGACCCUGGAACGAGCCGGAUUUACUGUUCAAGGAUUUUCAGGCCCGAUGUCGUCAUUAUUUUGAGAAGUUGCUAGCUACUUAUGAUAAGCCUUCCCACCAGAACGAUAUGGUGAUUGUUGUUUCACAUGGCUACGUUGUGUCAACAUUAUUGUCUUAUUUUGUCAACCAUCCGAUUUUUGAGGAAAUCCCGGAGGCAUCUUUAAAUUACGCCCAUAGGGAAGAUGGGGUGUGGACUUUGAAGAAAGAUAGUCUUGGAAUUUUGGAGAAAGAGGGUUUGGACGGAGUACUCAAUUUGGAAACAGAAAUCGUGUACUACAAAACAAAUUUCAUUAAAAAGGAUGCCUUUGACGAAACCCAGCAGUAUCCUGCCAUAGGGUUUGGGGGUCUUAAGCCCGUUCCUGAAAAUGACCCACGACCCUCUUUCAAAGUUCAACUGCAAGAUCAGAAACCACUAACACUGAAUCCUCUCUGCCCAGGUGCGAAAGAUUGGGAUCCCCGGCGUUUGAAAUCGUUCAGAGUGAAGUCGGAGUUUGCUAUAAAAGUUAUGAAUGAUGAAGCAUUCAAGAGAGCGUUUGAUUUAUCAAACCCACCAACUCAUCCCGUAUCUCCAGAAGUAUCACCCGGUUCUGAGCCUACUCGGUCGAACUCUACCAUUGACUUGGUGAAGCUUCGCCUGAAUGAGGAGAUCUUCCAUCCAUUCAAAUUGCGGUAUUCUCUGGCAUCCGACAUUCCAGUCCAAUACUUGAAUUCAAAGGUCAAUUCACAUGCCAGUUUGACGCUGUUGCAAAGAAAUGCCAAUUCUCACAACAAUUCAUCGCUGGAUCUAUUGAGAUCGACACUUUUUGGUUCCCAGUCGUUUGGCCCCGGAACGAUAUCGGGUGGCCUGGGAUCUCCACGGGACGAAGGCUCCGAUCAAGAAACAGCCAAUAUGAACGAUGUCAUUCAGAGACUUGCCAGAGUACGGUCACUUCAACGCAGAAGAGCACAAUCAACAACGCCCAAGUUUGGAAUCAUUCCCGAAAGCGAGGAAAGGAAGUUGGCCAUUCAGAAGGAAGAGGGAGAGAAAAGACCAGAGAAAAAGAAGGAGGAGAAGAAGUUUACUCUCCACUUUGGCAACGAAUCAGCCAACGACACCAGUCCAAGUGGAAGUAUACCUUCCAAAAGCCCUCCGCAGAAUUCUCAUUCUUCUGAGCACGGAAUCAGGCGACGCAGGAGUAGUUCCGUCAAGUUCAUCCCUUCUGUUUUACAGGAUAACCGUACUAAGCUGACACAAUCGAUUUUCUACAAUUUGGAGUCUGGAUCAAGCUCAAGUGAUGAGGAACACGAAGAAUCAGUAGAAACUGAGCAGAAGUACAGGUGGUUCGGGCAGAAUAUUUGA